AUGCGCGGUCACAUCGCCAUUUCACAGAUCAUCAACAUGGCGGAGAGCGUGCCUUCGGACGGCAAGCAAGCGACGGUGCCAGCUCAAGGCACGGCGCCCCCCUGCAGCGCGCCACCUCCGACGCAGCAACGCACCGGCGACGCUCCUGCGAACACCGCUCCAGCGGGCGGCGGCGGCGACCAGGCGGGCAACUCAGCGUCCAGCAACACUUCGGCGGGCGUCACCAGGACGGGGGAAACUAAGCGCGUCUCCUUCUCCGGCGACGCGGGCAAAACCUCUGACGCGAAUAUGCGCGAGGCCGAUGGCACUGCCUCGGCUGACGCUGCAGCCCAGGAAACUGGUGACGCGAACUCAGAGUCUAAAGCUCCAGACGCAGGCGACACGGCUGCGGACGUGAACCUGGAGGAUGCCCCUGAGUUCAAGUUACCACGACACGCGACGCUGGAGGACGUCAGGGGGCUCGUCUUCGCGGGUAUGCUUCGGCAGCAGGAGGUGGAUGUCCCCGACUUCGUACUCCCUGUGCACCCACCGCAUUGGACACUGCCAACCCCGCCGGAUCUCAAGACCAACGCAUAUCUCGUGGGAGUCCCAGGGAUCGUGAACGAUAUUCGCGCGGGUGCAUUCGCCAUGGAAGGCUACGGCGGCGCGUCUACGCUGAUCGGCUUCGAGGAGCUCUCCGACGAGAAUCUUCAGGGGUUGAAGGAAGUCUGCGGUGCCAACGCUGGGAUCGACGUCCUGUGUCCACGUCGUUCGCCUCUUUCCGCAUUCGAGUUGGACAACACCCUGAAUUCCAUCGGCAUUCGACGCGAGAUGGCCUCACUCCUGCGUCACUUCAACAGCACAAGGCUCGCUGAGCGCGUGUUCAAGAUGACUGGUUACCUGCGUCGAGUCCUCGGGGCCUACCGAAACAUGCGUUCUCUGGCUGACUCUCAGCAGGGUUUCACCGCCACUCAGGAAGUAGUCGACACGCGACGCAAGUAUAAGGAACUGAAGCGCACCUGGAAAUUCACGUGCGACUACUGGUUCUUGGAGGUCCAAGAGGCCCUGGGCAAGGUGGAUGAUGCUGAAUCCAAGUACAAAGUCGCGCUGGGCGAGCAAAAGACGCGGUACCAAGACGAGAUUGAUUCUCUGGAGUCCGAGAAGGCACAACUCAAGGCGCGCCUUGCCGACUCUGAGGCACAAGUGCGAAUCCUGAAAUCGCGUCUUGAGUUAGCCACCGUGGACCCCUGGAAGUUCCCUGACUUCCUCCAGGAGCACACAGACUUCACGGGCAAUUGGGAGCGUCUCCACGACCUCUUCAAUCUCUGCAUCAAGGACUCGAAGCCUCCUGAAUCCUGGGACACUGUCAUCAACGUCACGGCCAUGGACAAGCGCAAGGCUGCGGCGGCCCCGUAUCCAGAGAAGAGCACGCGUAUGCCUCCGUCUUCAGGGUCUGGGUCGUCCGUCGUCCUGAAAUUCUGGAUCUCACGGGGUUCCAAGAACGGUCAAGGCUCCAGAAAAUCACGGGACUCUGAGGUGCCAAAAACGCAGUCGAACUCCGCAAGCCCCCAGGUUCACAAGGUCCAGCGUCGUCCCAAGGAUCAUCAGCCUGGCCGCGACUCUGUGCGUCGCGCCGGCGAGAAGACUGUGGUGUCCAAGGAGGCCGCACACACGAUGCUCCCUGGGGGUGUCGUCUGGAAGGAAGUUCGGCCAGACGUGCGUCAGGCUAUUCUUGCUGGGCUCAAGUACGACACAGCCAUGGA